AUGGCCUCGCACACUGCUUCUCAGAGAUAUCUCAGCACAAGGGGUGGAUCCUACGAUCUGUCCUUUGAAGAUGUCGUCCUCAAGGGUCUCGCCGCCGACGGUGGCCUGUUUAUCCCCGAGGAGAUCCCCUCGCUGCCCGCCGACUGGGCCUCCAAGUGGAAGGACUACACGUUCGAGGAGCUAGCCUACGAAAUCUUCUCGCUCUACGUUUCGUCGACCGAGAUCCCGGCCGCCGACCUGAAGGACCUGAUCAAGCGGAGCUACGCGACGUUCCGGGCAGCAGACCGCACGCCGACAGUGACGCUCGACGAGAAGCGCAACAUCCACCUGCUCGAGCUGUUCCACGGGCCGACGUUCGCGUUCAAGGACGUCGCGCUGCAGUUCUUGGGCAACCUGUUCGAAUACUUCCUCAUCAGGCGGAACAGGGGCAAGGCCGAGGGCGAGAAGGAACACCUUACGGUUAUUGGCGCUACUAGUGGCGAUACCGGCUCCGCUGCUAUCUAUGGCUUGCGCGGCAAGAAGGACGCCUCUGUCUUCAUUAUGCAUCCGAAGGGCAAGGUCAGCCCGAUCCAGGAGGCGCAGAUGACGACGGUGCUGGAUGCCAAUGUGCACAACCUUGCCGUUGACGGCACAUUUGACGACUGCCAGGACUUUGUCAAGGCGCUCUUCGCCGACGAGGAAAUCAACAAGACGCACCGACUGGCAGCGGUCAACUCGAUCAACUGGGCGCGCAUCCUCGCGCAGAUCACGUACUACUUCCACGCGUACUUUUCGCUGGUGCGGUCACCGGCCUUCACGUCGGGCGACCACGUGCGGUUCGUCGUGCCCACGGGCAACUUCGGCGACAUCCUGGCCGGCUACUUUGCGAAGCGCAUGGGCCUGCCGGCCGAGAAGCUCGUCAUCGCCACCAACGAGAACGAUAUCCUCAACCGCUUCUGGCGCUCCGGCUACUACGAGAAGAAGGAGGUGCACGGGCGCGCGGCCGCCGGCGGCCUCAAGCAAGACGGCGCCCAGGCCCACGCCGACGGCGUCAAGGAAACCCUCUCCCCCGCCAUGGACAUCCUGGUCAGCAGCAACUUCGAGCGCCUGCUCUGGUUCCUGGCCUACGAAGUCUACGGCGGCGCCGCGAGCAGCAGCAGCAGCGUGGCGGACAAACGCGCCAUUGCCGGCGAGAAGGUCAAGACGUGGCUGGCCGAGCUCAAGAGCAACGACGGCUUCGGCGUCGAGAGCGCUGUCCUCGCCGCCGCCGCCAAAGACUUCGAGUCCGAGCGCGUGUCUGACGCCCAAACCCUCGAAACCAUCAAGCACGUCUACACGACCACGGCCAGCCAACAAGGCCCCAAAGCCAGUGCGCGCAACGGCACCGCCGGCACCCUCUCCGCGGCGGGCAACUACAUCCUCGACCCGCACAGCGCCGUCGGCUUCGCAGCCGCGCUGCGCAGCGCCGAGCGCGCCCCGGCCCCUGCCCACCAUAUUGCGCUCGCGACGGCGCAUCCGGCCAAGUUCUCGGCGGCGGUCGAGAAGGCGCUCGAGGGGCAGGAGGGGUUCCGGUUUGAGGAUGUUCUGCCCGAGCAGUUUGUCGGGCUGGAGCAGAAGGAGAAGCGCGUUACGACGGUGCAGAAGAGUGAGGGGCUGGCCGGGAUUAGGGAGCUGGUGAUUCGGAGGGUGCGGGAGGAGAAGAAUGCUGCGUAG